AUGGGCUCAUGGGUGCCAAAUCCGGAGAGUGUGAUUGAUAAUGAGUUCGUAUCAUCGCGGAUACAGUUAGAUUUCCCAUAUGGGGAAGAUGGUGAGCCAGUUAUUACUAUAGGGGAAGAGGUACUAGAUGCCAUGAACUCUCUGUGGAAGCAGUGUAUUGUGGUGAAGGUGUUAGGGAGGAAUGUUUCACUACAAGUGUUAAGUAGGAAGUUAAAAGAGAUGUGGGAGCCAAUAGGAGCUAUAUAUGUGGUGGACCUUCCGAGACAGUUCUUUAUGGUUCGUUUUGAGUUAGAGGAGGAGUACUUGACGGCUUUGACAGGAGGACCAUGGAAGGCUUUUGGGAGUUAUCUUAUGGUGCAAGCUUGGUCUCCGGAGUUUGAUCCGUUGAGGGAUGAUAUUUUUACGACCGCGGUAUGGGUCAGGUUGUUGAAUCUUCCUGUUAAUUUUUAUCAUAAGGCAAUUUUGAUGGAGAUAGCUCGCGGGUUGGGUAAACCGAUUAAAGUUGAUGCAAGAGCACUUAGUUUUGUCAAAGCUCGGUUUGUUAGAGUUUGUGUGGAGGUUAACUUAGUGAAGCCUCUCAAAGGAACAGUUUUGAUUAAUGGGGAGCGGUAUUUUGUGUCGUAUGAGGGACUAUCGAACAUACGCUCAAUGUGUGGUUUGCCGCUUAUUCAUGAAGCAUCUUCAACUAAGAGCAGUGGAGUUGAAGUAUCUUCUUGUUCAUCACUUUCCUCAGGUUAA